GCCCAUGGCCUGAAUUUGUUUUUUACUGUAUUCGGGAAAAUGUCGGGGUUCGGCGCGCUGCCAGUCUUACCGGCUCUCCAUGGUAUUAGGGCGCCGGGGAAGGAUUCUAACGCGAAAGAGGCGCCUGAAUAUAGCUUUGUGACAGCUUUAUCAGCCCUAGUGAAAGCAAACCGCAGCAGCGACUUGGUCGACUCGUGGAGGGCGGGCACCGACGCUCGCGACUGGCGCGGGGUCAAGGUCUCUGACGACGGCCGGCUAAUCGAGCUGAUGGUAGACGCCUGCGGGGUCAGCGAGGUGCCGCCGGAAUUUUUCCAGCUCCCAGACCUAGAGAAACUCUGGCUUAGCAACAACGGGCUGAGGACCCUGCCCGAGGAGGUCGCCAACCUGCGCAGCCUGGAUUCUCUCUGGCUGGGCUCCAACCUGUUGCGUGCACUGCCGGGCGGCCUGAACAGCGGCCUGAGCUGCCUGCGCAAGCUGUGGCUGCCCGCCAACAUGCUGAGCGGCACGCUGCCGGCGGAGGUGUGCGCCAUCACCAGCCUGGAGUGGCUGGAUGUGUCUGAGAACAAGCUGACGGAGGUGUGCCCCGAGAUCGGUCAGCUGCAGAGCCUGACGCGCCUGGACCUGCACACCAACAUGCUGCGGGGGCUGCCCGCAACCAUCGGCCUGCUUACGCGCGUCAAGCACCUCUCGCUCCACUUCAACCAGCUGGAGUCGCUGCCGGGCGAGAUCGGGCAGUGCAGCUCGCUGGUGUGGCUCAGCCUCAACGCCAACCGCCUCACGCAGCUGCCGCCGGAGAUCGGCAACCUCACCAACAUCGUGCGCCUUGCUGUGCACAUCAACGAGCUGCACUCGCUGCCGGCCGAGCUGGGCCGGCUGCCGCUGGAGGCCGUGAGCCUGUUCAAGAACAAGCUGGUGACCCUGCCGCCCGAGCUGCUGCUGGGGCUUGCGGGCACCUGCUGCCGCCUGGGGCUGUACGAGAACGAGCUGCGGGAGGUGCCCAAGGAGAUUGGCAAGCUGAGCUUGCUGCAGGAGCUGUGGUUGUACUCCAACCAGCUGACGUCAGUGCCGCCCGAGAUUGGCGAGUUGACGGAGCUGCGGCGGCUGUGGCUGGACCGCAACCAGCUCACCCACCUGCCCAAGGAGAUCAGCAAGCUCACGCGUCUGCAGGAGCUGUACCUGGACAACAACCAGCUGGUGGAGCUGCCCGAGGAGCUGGCCAGCAUGACGCAGCUGAGGAAGCUCUACCUGGAUGGCAAUCCCAACCUGGUGCUGCCACCCGCCGUGGCCGCGCUGCCCUGCCUGACCGAGUCCGCGGACUACGGCACCAACCCCGAGGCCUUCAAGAGCGAGGCGCAGUACAAGCCGUGAUGGGAAGAAGGGCGGGGUUUAAGAAUGAGGGCAAGGCGUGAGAUGAAGGUGAUUUCGGGGAAGAGGAUUGGAAACGGCAUGGCGUGGGUGUACAUGCGUUUGAAGGGCAUGCCUGUGGGACCGGGGAGCGCUCUGUUCAACUACAAUAAGGGUCUUGCCCGCGUUAGGUGGGGGCCGGCAUGCGAAUACUGUAUUCCACGCAGACUGAGAUGGGAACGUGUAUGGGGGGGAUUGGUUUGAGUUCAUGACAUGUGCUGGUUGAGACUGUGUUGGCUCCUUCCUGCUGGUGGUGCCCCAUUGGCACUGCAUGCAGGCGUCUUCUGGCAUUGACUUCGGUUGUUGUGUCCCUUGUCGUGUACUGCAAUUUUUCGUUUGUUGCCUGCCCUGCCGGUUUUGAGGCUCGAGGGCUACAUGUUUGGGGAUAUGGCUCUGUUAAUCUUUUUGAAGGUGUUUACCGUUGGGAAGAGUGCGUACGUUCCCAGCGGGUGUUUGGUGCGGCGGCACGGUUUGUGCGCAUGGUGUGGCGUGCACUGCGGCUGCGUGCAUUGAUUGACCAAGCCGGCUCAAAACACUUCUAGAGUUUUAGUAUACAGUACUUUCAAGCCGCUGCACUGCUACACGAGCAGGAGUUGUAAUUUAGUUGGCAA